GCGUGAGCUUUCAAAUCUUUUCUAUGCAAGCUAGGUGACUACCUCUGUGGUGACUACCCAUGGUGACUACAUAAAAGAGACAAAUACUACGCAUUUUUGGACUAUAAUUAGUUUGUUAUUGCAAAACUAAAGCCAAGGCGGAAGUGUUUCAACAAAACCUCGCUUAUUUCUUGUCGUCGAUUUAUUUCCUGUAAAGUUCAAGAUAAAUCUUACAAAGAAAGACCAUUCGUAUUCUGUUCUUACAAUGGGGUAGCAAUGUUUUGUGGGCGGUAAAGAAUGGCUUUUUGCCCGACGGAAGAGAAAAUGUAUGGCUACGAAGACUCUCGUUUUGAGAAAGUUGUCGACGUAAAUUUUCACUGUUCUAUCUGUCGCAAUGUUCUCAAAGAACCAAGGACGUGCAGAAAUAACGAACACAUCUUUUGUCUUGGCUGUAUCAGUGAACACCUACGUGUAAACUCUCAAACGUGUCCUGAAUGUAAGGAGGAUUUGAGCGUAGAUACGCUUCGUAGGGCACGUUUAGCGAGUAAUUGUUUGUCUAAGCUCAAGAUAAAUUGUGAUCAUGCCAGUCGUGGUUGUGUUGAGUUGACCUGUCUUGAAGAUCUCGAAACUCAUGUGGCAAAUUGUGGCUAUGCUCCUGUGUUAUGUUCAAAUGCAGAGUGUGGUAUGGUCAUCAACAAGCGAGAAAGAGUCCAUCAUGAGACUGAAAUUUGUCAAUACCGGAAAAUGAAGUGUCAUGACUGUCGACAGAUACAAGAAGAUGUGGGAACAUUGAAAGGAAGUCUAAUGGAACUGGAUGGGAAAGUGGAAGCAGCAAAUAAAGAGAUGAAGAAAAGUGUGGGAGAAUUGACAGGAAGUUUAAGUGAACUGGAUGGGAAAGUGGAAGCAGCAAAUAAAGAGAUGAAGAAAACUGUGGGAGAAUUGAAAGGAAGUUUAAGUGAACUGGAUGGGAAAGUGGAAGUAGCAAAUAAAGAGAUGAAGAAAACUUCGGCGAAAUUGGAUGGAAGUUUAAGGGAACUGGAUGGGAAAGUGGAAGCAGCAAAUAAAGAGAUGAAGAAAACAGUGGGAGAAUUGAAAGGAAGUUUAAGUGAACUGGAUGGGAAAGUGGAAGCAACAAAUAAAGAGAUGAAAAAGACUGUAGGGAAAUUGGAUGGAAGUUUAAAGGAACUGGAUGGGAAAGUGGAAGCAGUGAAGAACAGCCAAGAUCAAAUGAAACAAGAGCAACAAAAAGUUAAGAAAGAAGUCGAAGACAUUAAGAAAGGAGUAAAAGAUGUAAAAGAAACUGUUUCAAAAGUGAACAAAGACGUGGACAAAGUCAAAGUGAUUACGAGUCAAGUGUUAGAGAAGUUAAAUAUGCUUGAACUGCUUAACAAACUGCCAUCUUUGACUGAGGGAAUGUUCAAGACACCAAGGGAAGACAUUUUGAUUGCAGGUGGUCGAGCACUUUCGAAUAACAGUACUGAAAUAUAUUCCUGGGAGAAGAAUGGUUGGUUUGAGGUGUCAAUGAAUAAAGGGCAUUCUGGAGCUUCAUCAUUUAUUUAUAACGAUCAGUUAUUUGUGGUUGGGGGAGCGGGUACUAAGACAAUAGAGACCUUGGAUCUCAAUGAAUUGCUUUUGAAAUGGAUGAAAUAUCCUGGAAAACUUCCUUAUCGGGGUGAUGAUCAUCAAACCGUUGCUUACCAACAGCGCAUCAUUCACAUUGGUGGAUAUAAUUAUGACCAAAGAAGACUGUCUGACAUGAUCAGUGAAUUGCAACUUACCUCACCUGUUACUAUGAAAAAGUUGUGCCAAAUGCCUGAUCCACGAUCUCGUCAUGGUGCUGAGACUUUUGAAGAUAAAGUCAUGAUUUUGGGAGGGGAAGAUCAUAACAGUCGUCCUUUAAAUAGUGUGCUGGAGUUUGAUGUAAAGAAGAGUGAAUGUAAGGAGAUGCCACCAUUACCACAUCCCGUGACGAGAAUGGCAACUGUUCGCUGGAGAGAUCAAGUAGUUGUGCUUGGAGGGCGUGAUGAGAAUCGUCAAGCUCUGAAUGAUGUUUUCAUGUAUGACUGCAAGACAGGCAAGACCACAGCCUUGCCAUCCAUGUUGGAGAAGAGAGUUAAAUGUUGUGCAGUUAUUACUGGAAAUACCAUUGUAGUGGUGGGAGGUGAGAAUGAGAAGAAUGGAGAUCUCAGUUCAGUGGAGUGUUUCACAAUGGGAGGUUCUACAUGGGAAUAUCUUCCUGCCAUGAAUAAAGCCAGGUACGGAGCAGUUGCUGAAGUUUUACCUCCCACGAAAAGAAAAUAUGUGUUAGUUUGACAUUUAGACACGCUGAUAAAUGUUUAUUCAAAAUAAUGCAUAAGACUGUCUUAGAACAGGUCAAAUUCUCUGGUUUUAACCAGCUAAGAAGGAAUUUUUGACUGAAGGUAAUGUUAUGCAGAGUGUUUCAACAAAAGGCAAUCUCUGUUUUGGCGUGUAAUUGUGUAUUAGGUAUUACACAGACAAUCGGCCUAUUAAAAUUGCAAUAUUGUGGGACCAUUUUCCAAUGUCGCUUGAAAGAGAACAUUUAGUUGUCAAGUCGUACUUUUUUGUGCCAUUGUGAUCAAACAUGGCCAAAUAUGAUCAGAUUUAACCCACUGAGUACCAGCGCUUUCCCUUUGACAAAUAAAAUCAUGUUGCAUCAGGCAGAGUAAAUAAUAAAGUAGCCCACAUUGCAACUUUAGAGAGCGGUCAUUAUUUAUGGGGGGGGGGGUCGCAUCGAAGAGAAAAGGGUUGGGUAAACAAAAUUUUGAAUGAGUAAAAGGUUGGGUAAAUGAAAAACAAAACAACUCAAGGGUUGGGUAAUAAAAAUUUACAGUCAUUUCCAAAGCAUGACUCACUCAAAUAUUGAAGACUAAAAAGCAAUGUCAACAGCCAUAUGUAAAUCCAAUAUGUGAAUCAAUCAGAGUCACUAUCUUGACCAUUUUCCGAUGUGCGAACAUUAUGAAACGUUAGGCUGCGGAGAAUUUCACAAGCCGUUAGCAAACUCAUUUCACAGAAGUGGUAAAGGACAUGUGUGACAACUGAAUGGUAUCCUUUUGUAAAGUUUUUUGGCCAGGGGUGGGUAUUUAUUUUUAAAUUGAUAUUUGAGGUUGGGUAAUCAAAUUUUUGAUAUUUUAAUGGUUAGUUCAGCAAAAUUUUUGCCACGAAAAACAUUUCUCUUCGGUGCCACCCCCCAACGUAAAUAAUGACCGGUCCCUUAAAAUCAGUUACAUAUGCAUAUGAGCAGCGCAAUAGAUCUUUCCAGUACGUCACGACUUAGGACCACCUUAAAUUGAAUAAUUUGAAGUUUGUUUCUCGCGGGCUGUGAUCAGAGAAGCAGAACAUCCUUCGUCAACACAUGCAUAAAAAAGAAUUUUGGAUUUUGACCAAUUAAUGUGGAAAUUAUCCUGCGAGCAAAGUCCUCUCGUAUUUCUUCUCGGCACUGCACGGAGAAGCGAGAGAGACUCUGCAGAACUUGUGUAUAAAUUCAGUUGAGCAUGCGCGAAGGUUGCUGUGCAACUGUCUAUUUCCCAGAAGAAGAUUUAAUAAGUAAUUUCCGGUUCAGAUCAAAACCAGUAUCAAACCUGAAAUUACGCAUAAUUAUCCAAGUUUUUGGAUUGUCGGCUCCACAAAGAAUAAACACAAGUUCUGCAGAGUCUCUCUCGCUUCUCCGUGCUGUGCCGAGAAAAAAUACGAGAGGACUUUGCUCGCAGGGUAUGUGGAAAUAAGCUUCAACACGAAAACGAGGCUGAGGGGCCAUGGCCCUUCUUGACCCAUCAGCCUCGUUUUCGUGUUUAAGCUUAUUUCCACAUUUAUUGGUCAAAAUCCAAAAUUCUUUUUUAUGCAUGUGUUGACGAAGGAUGUUCUGCUCCUCUAAUCAUAGCACGUGAGAAACAAACUUAAAAUCCAUUCCAUUUAAGGUGGCCUAAGUUGAAAACAGUGUCAGUCGUGACGUAAUUACCGGAGUGUUUUCUUGCCAGCAACAUUGCAAUAUUGUCCAACAAUACUGCAAUUUUGACAGGCAGAUUGCUCUGAGCAAUUUACAAGCAACGUGAACAAAUUCAAAUCUUUUGUGAAUUUGAACUUGCAAUUUGUUCACGUCGCUUCCAAAUUGCUCAAAGGCAAAGCAAUCAGCCUAUCAAAAUUGCAAUAUUGUGGGACAAUAUUCCAAUGUCGCUUCAAAGAGAACAUCCGGUUUGACUGUAAUGGGUUACGUAAAUGACUGGUCAAAAUAACAUUUUUCGACAAUUCGGAAUUGCCUGUGAAACUAUUGUUUGUGUAUCCAAAUUAUUCUUAUUUCGAUAUUGAUAGGUUACGUUUUUUAAAAUGCAAGACAUAGUGUAAUAAUGACUGAAAUGGACACAGUUCAAUUCAAUUCAUGAAUCCUGGUGCUAGUUGUAUAGAAAGGUAGUUGAAUUUAACUACAGUUUGUGUGAAGGGUUAAUCGAGUAUUUUAGAAUGAAUUACUAUUAAACUACAAAAUAGUGGUUAAUUAAAAAUAGUUAAGCGUUUUAUACAACCUGUCCCCGAAAUAUUUCAGGUUUUUAGAUAAAUUGUCGAUCCAAGUAUUGACUAUUGUAUAGG